AUGACCCCCAACUGGUCCAAACUAUGGACCUUCAUCGCCAACCCCAAAGACCCCAGUUCUAGCUCCCCAUCACCAUAUACACUCCGUCGCAUAAUCAAAUCCCUCUCCCUUCUCACCGUCUUCUCCAUCUUCCUCUACGCCCUCUACAUUCACUUCCAGCCCUCCAUUAUCCCACAAACCCCAGACCUCCCAGACCCAGACCUCCCUCCCUCCCCAGAAGACUCAUACAAAUCCAUCUACGGCUACCCCCCAACCAACCCCACCAUCCCUCCCCUGCACAUCCACGACCCCAGCAUCCUCUACGACCUGCCCACAAACACCUACUACGCCUACGGCUCCGGCCCUCACAUCCCCAUCCACUCCGCCCCGACCCUCCAAGGACCAUGGACCAAAGUCGGCACCGUCCUCGAUGCAGAUAGUAUUCUACCAAAGGGUGAUCGCAAAGCCCCAUGGGCACCGACCGCCCUCGUCCACGACGGUACCUUCUACGUCUUUUACGCGACGAGCCAUAGUGGAUGUCGCGAUAGCGCUAUCGGCGUGGCUACCUCUACUUCUCCGGGCCCUGGGGGAUGGGAGGACCACGGGGCGAUAGCUAUCUCCGGACGAGGGGAGAGGGGGAAGGAGUACCCGUUUGAUAGGGCGAAUGCGAUUGAUGUUAGUGUUGUUGUUGAUUAUACUGACACCCAGACCCAAACCGAACCCUCCGAAGGAGAGAUCUCUCUAGAAGAGGGAAAGAAAGGAAAAGGGAGAGGAUACAUGACCUUCGGCAGUUUCUGGACGGGGAUAUGGCAAGUCCCGCUGAAGCCUAACCUGCUUCAUAUGGACAAGCAGGGAGAAGAAGAAAAAAGGGUUAAACAUCUCGCCCACGAGCCCGCAGCCAUCCACCCACCAACCAAAAAAGCAGAUGGAUUAUGUGGUGAUACGACGGGCAUGCAUCCCAUCGAGGGGGCGUUUAUAUCCUAUCAUGAGCCGUGGUGGUAUUUGUGGUUUAGUUGGGGGAAGUGCUGUCAUUUUGAUCCGGAGAAAUUGCCGAGGGCUGGUCUUGACAUCCGCGUCGGACGAUCAAGUUCUCCUCAAGGUCCAUUCGUGGAUAAAGAAGGGAAAGAUCUAGUGGAUGGAGGAGGGGAGAUUGUGUAUGGGUCGAAUGGGGAUGUUUAUGCGCCUGGGGGACAGGGCGUGUUGAGUGGGGAGGUGGAGGGAGAUGUGCUUUAUUAUCAUUAUUUGAAUAUAUCUGUGGGGUAUGAGUUUAAGGAAGCACGGCUGGGAUAUAAUUAUUUGAAGUAUGUGGAUGGGUGGCCGGUUCCACUAUCAUAA